CCCCCCCCCCUUAAAAGAAGGCGUAGGCUAAUUUGAGUAAUUUAGCUGCGUAAAAACUAGAUAAAAACACCUUAAUAAACUGGAGCACCUUAACAUGUACUCGAAUAAGGUGGAAGGACCACGCAGAGGAAGAUCCUUUGACUCCAUGAACAUAGGCUUUGAGGAAAAACUGCUCAACAAUGAGAUAAACAAGUCAACCUUCACAAAAAUCGAAGAAGACACAGAAAAGAAGAAUUCAUCAGAGAAAGGGAGGGCAACGAUCAUCUUCUCUCUCAAAAAUGAAGUGGGAGGACUUGUGAAGGCUCUCAAACUCUUCCAAGAAAACCAUGUCAACCUCGUACACAUUGAGUCCAGAAAAUCCAAAAGACGCAACUCUGAGUUUGAAAUCUUCGUGGACUGUGACAGCAACCACGAACAACUAAACAAAAUCAUCCAUCUACUUCGGAAGCAUGUGAAUGUGGUAGACAUGGACCCUCCAGAUAACUCCUGUCUGCUUGAAGAAGACAUGUAUGACGUACCUUGGUUCCCAAAGAAAAUUUCCGACUUGGACAAAUGUGCUAACCGUGUCUUGAUGUAUGGCUCUGAGCUGGAUGCUGACCACCCGGGUUUUAAGGACAACGUCUACCGCAAAAGAAGAAAGUAUUUUGCUGAUCUUGCUAUGGCCUACAGACAUGGGGAUCCCAUCCCUCAUAUUGAGUUCACAGAGGAAGAAGUGAAGACUUGGGGUGUUGUGUACAGGGAGCUGAACAAGUUGUACCCCACCCACGCUUGUCGAGAAUAUUUGAAGAACCUGCCACUGCUCUCCAAAUACUGUGAAUGUCGGGAGGACAACAUCCCUCAGCUGGAGGAUGUUUCACGCUUUCUCAAAGAACGAUCUGGAUUCACCAUCAGACCUGUAGCAGGUUAUCUGUCCCCAAGGGACUUCCUCGCUGGUUUGGCCUUCCGGGUUUUCCACUGUACUCAAUAUGUGCGGCACAGCUCUGACCCCCUAUACACCCCAGAGCCGGACACAUGCCAUGAACUGCUGGGACACGUCCCACUGCUAGCAGAGCCCAGCUUCGCCCAGUUUUCUCAGGAGAUCGGUCUUGCUUCGCUCGGGGCCUCGGAUGAUUCUGUUCAGAAACUGGCCACAUGCUACUUCUUCACAGUGGAGUUUGGCCUAUGCAAACAAGAAGGGCAGCUGCGAGCAUAUGGAGCUGGACUGUUGUCAUCUAUCAGUGAGCUUAAGCAUGCACUCUCUGGAACUGCAAGGAUAAUGCCUUUUGACCCCAAAGUUACAUGCAAGCAGGAAUGCAUUAUCACCACAUUUCAGGAUGUGUACUUUGUGUCAGACAGUUUUGAGGAGGCCAAAGUCAAGAUGAGGGAGUUUGCCAAGACCAUCAAACGUCCCUUCACAGUUCGAUACAACCCCUACACCCAGAGUGUAGAUGUACUGAAAGACACCCCCAGCAUCAAUAGCGUGGUCGAGGAGCUCCGACAUGAGCUUGACAUCGUGGGCGACGCUCUCAGUAGGCUCAAUAAGCAACUGGGCGUCUGAAUGAACGAGGCACAGCUAAAGUUUGCUGUCUCUGGACCAUCCACGCUCACUAUGUGAUCUCCAGUGCUGCUGUAAAGAUGUCUGCUUGUGUUUUUGUCACUGAAAUGAAUGUGCAUCUCUUUAUGGGAAAUUUCUCUGUUGUCCUCACUGUGUGGUAUAUAGUUUAAACUAUUUACAAGUAAAAUAGAUAGCUGUGUUUAACUUUAAUGUCAGUACGUUCCACAAACCCAAAGAGCUGCUUGAUCUGACACAAUAAUUCUGCUUCCAUUGUGCUGAAUUCUGUAUCGCAAACAUUCAAUGUGCUUUGACUUUAAAAAAAAAACAUUCCCUGUUGUUACUAACACUUAAAAUAAGCUCUGGUGUUGUGUAACUGUUAUUUUUUUGUAAUGUAUUUGUUCUGCUCUUCAGUGAUAAUCUUUAUCUUGUUUUUAUUCUUUUGUUGUUUGUAUUCUGGUCUCUUCUGUGUGCUGUUUAAAGGACAUUAUGAAAGAUAAAAAUUAACUCACCAGUGUUAUAAGAAUGCUUUCAUAAUUGAUUAUGACAGACUGGCCUGUGUACACAGUUUGUUUUACAGUGAUAAUUUUGAAUACUUCUUCCUAAAGUGAAUACAGUUGUCGUAGUCUGGAAAUUCAAACAUUAUUUUUCUACUGUAAAGAAUAAUAGGGACUAGGAGUAGGCUGUGUAUAAAACUGGAAAAAAAAAAACACAAUAAAAAGUUGGAUUGUG